AUGACCCACUACACGUGGAUGCCACAUCCUUUCUUCCUCACCUAUCGCGCGAAUUUUCAAUGCCGGUCCACUGCGAUCAGGGUGCUGGAGGCUCUUGGGCUUGCAGCUCGCAUGCUUGGAGCCCUUGUGUUUUUCGUCCGCCGCGCCGUCCUCCCCGCACCUCGAGCGACCGCGUCUCCCACCCCCGUCUGGAUCCGCCGCCAUCCCGCAUCCUCCGCCGAGCCGUGCCGCCAUCAUCACCGCACCCGGCCUUUCUCCUCUCCGCCGCGCCCUCCUCUCCGCGCCGUUCGAGUCCACACGCGGUUCGCCGACGAAGAGGCCCAGGCCGCCGCGCUCCGGGCCCGCGCCGGCCGGCUCGAGUGCGCGCCGCCCACCGCGACUAGCUGCUCAACACUCUCCUCGUCGCUACGGGCAACGGCCGUGAGGAGGAGGACGCGCGGGAGGCGCGACAGCGUCAGAAUCAGCCCGUCUGAUCCGGCCGAGGCCUACGACGACACGGAUGUGGAGGCUCUGUCCGCCGCCGUCGCGCUAUAUGCCCUGCCCCUGCUCGCCGAGCCCUGCCUCUCGGUAUCUCCAUCCAUGUACGCUGCCGGGGACCCUGCAGGUCCAAGCUUGUCGGCGAGGGGGAGCGCAGACAGCAGCCUAGCCCGUCAUGGCGUCCACCAAGGUGCAGCGGAUCAUGACCCAGCCCGUCAACCCCAUCUUCCGCUUCCUCCAGAGCAAGGCGUGCAUCCAGAUCUGGCUCUUCGAGCAGAAGGACAAGCAGAUCGAGGGCAGGAUCAUCACUUUGUUCCAUAGCAACGCACGAGUAAUUUACUAGAGCGAGCGGCGUCGUGGUGAUCUCGCUGGCGAGUGACAGGAGGAGGACGACGGGCUGAGCCGAAGGAGGGCGAGGCGUCCACAUGCAGGAGGCUCCCCGGCAGAUCGGGGAGACAGUGCCAAGGCAUCACACCUCCAUUUUCUCGAAGCAGGGCAUGUGUGCUAUUUCUAAAAAAAGAAGCUUCCCUGUUGGCUGGCAUCCCUGAUGCUACACAGGAAUUAUGUAGAAAAAGAAAUGGCAUGUCAUAAUUCUUUGGAUGUAGACCAGUAGGGUCAAUUACAAAUUGUUGGCUGUAAAUGACUUUCAGUUUCUAGCUUUCAUAAAAUUUAGAUUUAACAGUAUGAUGUGGUUGAUGGUGGUCCUAUCUGCUGGUUCAAAUUAUCAUGUUGGAUAAUAUUGCUUUUACUAGCAAUUGCAGUGUUCUUACUAUUUUAUUUCCACAAAUAUCAUCAUGUUUUGCUAUUGAUGUAAUGCUAUAUUUGUUGACUGAAAUUAAACCCUUCAGUUGC